UCCCGCCUGCGCCCAAUACUCAACCAUAUGCCAUAGGGCACCCCCACAUGGUCCUGCCGCCUCCUGGCCAUGUCUCGUCGCGAUACGUUUCCAAAUCCAGCAGCGCGUGGAGCCCUGAGGACGACAAGCUAUUGAGAAUGCUAAAGGAGGAGAAGAACUACGGUUGGAGAGAAAUCGCCUCGUAUUUUCCCAACAGAACGAUUAACGCGUGCCAAUUCCGCUGGCGAAGGCUCGUGGUGGGCGUGGCAGGCAAAAAACACUCCGAUGGAUCCGUCUCGCCCAAGAGCGCGCGCUCGAAACUACGCUCUCGUGAGAAUGAAGACUCUGACACUGAAACGGCCAAAGAAGAUGAGAAGGAGGACGAAAAGGACAGAGACAAGCACAAAGACAUAAAGGCCGUCGACCUCAAGCGACUGCUCAACUAAUAGACUAGCAUAGAACUGUAGAACUAGAUGUACCGAUAUAUGUCGGUAAACGAUUCACACCUGGGACCAGUAGAAACGAAAACCACAGGCAAACUGCUC